AUGGGUCGUCUUACUCCUGAAGUAAUUGAAGCAGCUUCUCAAUAUCUUAAUCCUGUCGGUCAAUAUGAACUUAGUCUACGUGAUUUAAAAAUUCCUGUUAUUGAAAAUUUGGGUGCAACAUUAAAUCAAUUUGAUACAAUCGAUUUUACGAAUAAUGAUUUACGUAAACUUGAUGGUUUUCCAUUUUUACCUAAAUUAAAAACACUUUAUCUUGCAAAUAAUCAUAUAGCACGUAUCGCUGAAAAUUUACAAGAAUAUAUUGCAAAUUUAGAUACAUUAAUGCUUAAUAAUAACAUGUUGCAAGAAUUAUCCGAUAUUGAUCCACUUGCAACAUUACCAAAAUUAACUCAUGUUAGCUUUGCUCGAAAUCCAAUUGCUAUGAAAAAGGAUUAUCGUCUAUAUGUUAUUCAUGCGUUACCUAAUUUACGAACACUUGAUUAUAAUCGAAUUACCCAAAAAGAACGUGAAGCAUCUCGUAAACUCUAUAAAUCUAAAUCUGGUGAUAAAGCGAAGAAAAAACAAAAAGGAGCUAAUACAUUUAUACCUGGUGCAGAAUUAGCUAAACAACAACAACAACAAGCACCACGAAUGACUAAGAAAGAUGCUGAUGCUAUCAAAAAAGCUAUUUUGGAAGCUAAAUCAAUAGAAGAAGUCGAAAGAUUAAAAGCUAUGUUACAAGCUGGUCAAAUGCCGCAUUCAAUGGAACAAAAACAACAUCAAAAUGGUCAUAAACCAAAUACAGAAGGGAUGGAGCAAGAACAAUAUUCUGUUACACCAAAUGAAGCUUUACAAUUUCUUUUUCGUGCUCGACGUAGUUUUCUUCAUCCAGGCAAGACAAAAUGUGAAGAGCAAAAACGUGAAGCUCGUAAAGCUUAUGAAGAAAAAUGUUCAAUGUUAGGUAAACGUUUUUGUCCAAAAUUAAGUGCAUGGAAAGAUUUUCAGCAAUGGGAAAUUGGUGGUGGUUAUGAAAGUAAAAGAAAUCCAUUACCAACAUUAGCACCAACUCCACAAAUACCAACAUUACGUACAUAUCAUACACGUCUUUACACACCAGCAACAUUACGUACAUAUAGAACACCGAUGUAUGGAUCGAUGACAAUACAAGAAAAUUAUCGUACACCUGUGUAUGGAAAUAAAUUUGUAACACCUAAUCCUUUUGAUGAUUAA